AGAAUGGUGAGCGCACAGCGAACAUCAGCUGAGUUAUUUUACUUUCCCCCCUUUUUAAAUUACAUUUGACCGUGAAUUCAUCCAAAGCGGCUUCAGUGGACGACAUGCGGGAGGCGAUUGCUGCGUCAAAAUGAACACAGACUGCGCCAACAAGCCCUAUGUCGCUCCCAAGCCAACACUUGUUUGUCCAGCCCGUAUGUCGCUAAUGUCAGUGGCCAGAGGUCCCAAACCUUCUGUUGCCCCCAAACCUAUAUUGAAGCUCCAUUUGAGGGAACCCCUCCUAUCUGGAAUUCAAGAGGGAUGCAUUAACGGGGUUCACAAUGGAGAGCUGGGUCCAAACAAAGAGGCUUGCGACCAAGAUGGAGUGUCGUCGCAAACGCCAAACACAAGUGAGAAGCACCAGGUCCAUGAAGAAGAGAUGGUUCCAAAGAUGGAUGAGGACUGGAGACUAACGGACAGCGCCCUCACAGACGAUGUGGAUUCUCUAGACACAUUGUGGGCCAGUGAUGACCGGCUCACCACUGACUCGGAGGACGCGGUGGAGAUGAUCGACACCACAGACGUGACAGAGGAAAUGGAUGAGGAUGCUGGUGAGGCACUUGCAGACACAGAUGGCCUCUCAAUGGGAGACAUUUCAGUUAACAGCAGGGACGAGGAAAAAGAGGACAGGACAGAAAAUAUGUCAUCCAGGCGAGAACAACUGGACGACACAUUCGAGUUUUUCACAGAUGAUCUUCUCAGUGGACCCAGCCAGCAUGCAUCCACUCCGAAUGGUGAAAACUACUGUAAAACCCUUAAUGGUGAUCACACAAUAGGUAAAAACCUGCAGCUUGGUUUAAUUGAGGAAGACCACCCCAUGCAAUUUAGUAACCAGAAGCGGAAUUGCCACGAAGCUAAGAGACACAUCACCCUAGAAGAAUCGCAAAGUCAUGAACCAUAUUAUGUCUCUCCAGAGGACAUUAUCAAGACAGAAAUAAUCCCAAAUCAUAACAAAGUUUUUGGUGCACCAGGCAGUCCACUUUCACCACAGAGGCAAGAUACUGUCUACCAAAAAAGUCAAGGCCAAAAAGGCCCUGUAGGAUACCAGAGAAGUAGGUCUGUGACAAGCGAAGAGCACAAACUAGAUGCCUUGUUGAAUCGUUUGUAUCGUCAACCCAAAUUCCGUCUGCUCUGCAACUCUGAUAGCUCAUUGACCUCCUCUUUUGUGGGAAACCAAUUGAUUGUACCAAGAAAACUGGACUUCUUCAGGCAUGCUUUGCGUGAUGAAGUUACUGACACAGAUGCCAGUAAUGACCACCUAUACGAGGAUCCAGGAGAUGAUAGCUCAGAGGGAGAAAAUGUGUUUCCUUUGGGCCGGAGCCCAUCAGGAAUGCGUUCUCGCUCCCUCUCGCAUCGCAUAAACAGUGAGGCAGGAGAGCGCCUAGUACAUGCACCAAGCCUUGGUCAGAAAGGACCCGUGUUGAGCAGCAGUCCCAUGUUGAAGGGAUACCCGAAACCUCACUAUCUACCCCUUUACCCACCGUCCUCUGCGUCCACGCCUGUGUGUGCCCACAGAGAAACUGAAGGCUCUCCUUGUGGAAGGUUUUCUAGAUGCUCACCUCUGUCAUCCAGUGGUCUGUCAACACCCACAUCUGUUGUGGACAUCCCUCCCCCUUUUGAGCUGGCUUACAUCACUAAAAAACCCAUUGCCAAGAGUUCACCUUCACUUCUUAUUGAUGUGGACCCCUCAGAGAAAAACCAAAAGAAGAAAUCCUCUAUUAAACGAUUCCUGAUGCUAAAAUUUAAACGGAAAGUGGAGACCAAGCCCUCUAACCUUUCUUCGUCUGAGUCCUCAACAGAGUCCAGCCACAUGACACCCAACAGACUACUUGAUCCAGAUAAACACAGCGUUACUAAUUCUCCACGACAACUCCAUCGUUCUACUUGCCAGCCUCAAGCAUCACCUGAGACACCGCCCGCCCUCUUGUUCUACCCGACAUCCACAAGGACACAAAGCUCAGUGGCCUUCCUCAAUCGUAGUGUGGUGCGGGUGGAAUCCUUCGAAGAGCGUUCUCGUGUGCCUUUCUCACCGCUGCCCCUCACCAAGCCUCGCUCCAUCUCCUUCCCCAAUGCAGAUUCCUCCGACUAUGAAAAUGUUCCGCCUGUUAACUCGGACUACGAGAAUGUUCAGGUGCCGCAGUGGAGGCCCUCGCGACCGCUUCCUUUGGGUGACUUCUUUGAGCGUCCCACGCGAGUACUGUCAUCUGCAAAUGAGACGGAUGGUUAUGUGGACAUGAGUAGCCUCCCUGGCUUUGAAAUCAAGGUGAAAUCAUCUGUACAGGAACCAGAGAGCGCUUAUACAGAAGCCUACAGAGUGUGUCCACUAGCUGCUGGACCACAAAGCAGCCCGGAUAAUGCUGUCAAUGGACCACUGGCAGCUGACGAUGAUGCUGGACGCACCUCAGACGAGGAAGACGCAGGUGGCGAAAGCAACUAUGACCGACAGGUUGAUGGUCGAUCCCGAGCUUUUUACAUCGCAAUGGAUCUACUGGAUACUGAAAGAGCACACGUGAAAGCACUCAAGCUUCUUCAGGAAAAUUUUUGUGAUGCAGUAAGGACGGCAGUGGGGGAUGAUGGAGAGCCUGUUAUAGAUGAAAAAAUACUUUGCGAGAUCCUAAAUGAGCUGCCCGAUGUUUACCUCUUACACUGCACAAUCCUCACUGAACUGGAGAAUCGAACACGGCGAUGGGAGGAGAGCCAGAGGAUUGCAGACAUUUUCCUCUCCAGAAAGGCAGAGUUCUUGCUCUUUACCAACUACAUAGGACACUAUGACCGAAAUAUGAACCUGUUGGACGAGAGCAGUCGAACCUCACCUGCCUUCGCAGCCGUUGUCUGCCAGUUUGAGCAGCAGAGCCCAUCUGGCCAAAUAGUUUCCCUCAAGCAACAACUCCUGCAGGUGAUCGUGCGGGUGGCUCAGUAUCGCAUGAUCCUUACAGAUUACUUGAACAACCUCUCCCCCGAUUCACAAGAAUAUGAGGACACCCAAGCCGCUGUCGUGAUUGUUGCGGACAUUGCGGACCAGGCAAAUGACAGUUUACAACACGGGGAGAAUUUACUUCGUUUGGUCAACAUUGAGUACAGUGUUCAUGGUCAGCGAGACCUUCUGCAUCCUGGUCGGGUGUUUGUUAAGGAGGGCACACUGAUGAAGGUUAGCAGGAGAAGCCGACAGCCUCGGCACCUGUUUUUGAUGAACGAUAUUUUACUUUACACAUACCCGCAACAGGAUGGCAAAUACAGACUGAAGAACACUCUGUCUCUCACUGGGUUGAAGGUCACUAAACCCAUUAUAGAAAAUGUCCAACAUGCACUAAAGGUGGAAGGAACUGACAUCUCCAUCACCUUGUCUGCAAGCUCUUUCAUUGAAAGAGAGGACUGGUUUUAUACUUUGAGUCAUGCUGUGAGCGAACACAACCGAGGGUCAGUGCCGGUCAGUAACUGCUUCGGAGAGGUAAACAUGUUUUACUCCUACUCUACUUCACUUAAGCACACAAUGAAUAUUGUUGUGAAUUCACUCAAAUGUUUGUGUGUCCAGGCCAGAGAUCAUCAACGUGUCACCUUAGGAGAAAAGCCCCCGACACUGGUUCCAGUGUCUCAAGUGAUGAUGUGUAUGAACUGCACGUCAGAUUUUAGCUUGACACUCCGUAGACAUCACUGCCACAGCUGUGGAAGGAUUGUUUGCAGGAGCUGCUCCAAGAAUAGAUUUCCACUCAAGUACAUGAAGGAGCGUAUGUCCAAAGUGUGUGACCACUGCUUCAACGAGCUCAAGAAGAGAGGAGACGACACGUGCGUCCUUCCGGCGAAGAGCAGCCCUCGUGUGAGCCGCUCCACUCGUCCUCUCUCCUCUGUGUUCCAAAGCAUCCACCCUCCAAAUAUUUGGAGGCAUCGCAAAGGCAUGCUCACCUUUAACCAGGUGACUGUGUCUGAUGAAGGCUCCAUUAGUGGCAGUCUACAUCGCAGCAAGAAAAGCAAGAGGAACUGGAAGAGACUGUGGUUCCUCCUAAAAGACAAGGUGCUUUACACCUACAGAGGCCAAGAGGAGAAGGUGGCCUCAGAGAGUUUGCCUUUGUUGGGGUUCACGGUGAAGCUACCAGACAACCACCAAGGAGACGACGCCUCCAACAUGUUCCAACUUUAUCACAAAAACACUUUAUACUACACGUUUAAAGCAGAGGACAACUUCACAGCGCAGAGGUGGGUGAACGCAAUGGAGGAAGCCACCGUUUUAUAGGAAAAGAUCACUUCACCCUUCCAUAAUAUCCAUAAACCUGUAACACAUAAAAAGGGAAUGAAAACUUGCAUAUGUGAGCAAACUUGAAGUUCCCUGGCAAAUACUGCAGGAAAGUACUGAAAAAGAAAGUGUUCAUAGUGACUGCGUUGGACACUUUCGCCUACCGUUGCAACCUUAGUGCAGGUGUGAUGCUGUGCACCACAUGAAGCGCUGGCCCAGAUACCUGCGAGUCAUAUGAGCUCGGCUCUAUUUCUAUCAGCUGCUGAUCAGCACACUAGCUGACAUUCAGGCAUGGUGGGAAAAACACUUAAGAAUGCAGAGCUUGCCUAAGACAUUUUUUUUUUUAAGCGUAGUUUUCCCCUUGAUGUUACUACUCUUAAUGACUAAAUGAUUAAUGACUGGUUUCAUUUAUAUAAAAUUAGGUGUUCAUGAAGUAUUGUCUUGUACUGUACUAUUUGAUGCACUGUUUUGCACUGAUAUAAAAAAAGACUCCAUCGCUCAAUCUAUAUCUUCAAGAAACAAGCCAUGCUCCUCCUCCAUUUCCAAGUAAAAUAUAUAUUGGAUUGUGUAGUAUAGUCUAGUUCAGUAUUUCUGAACAUGUGUGCAUCCUAUGCACAUAUUUGACAUAUAAAAUCUCAUGGCAAACCAUCUAACAAAAUGUCAAAAAAUGUGCAUAUCUUGAAAUAAUGUUGACCUCUUCACACAGAUGUACUUACUCAAUGUCAAAUGUGGACCUGCUUAACUGAACGUCAUUAUUAUUCUUUAUUCAUUUG